ACAAAAUGGCUACUCGACGGACCGUCUCCAAUUGAUUUUUUUCCCCUCUAAACUAGUACCACACACAUUAAAACCUCACCGUGUUAAAUUAUUUAUUUAAAUUUAACCGCGCAUCAUAUGUUUAGUUCGUGUAAAAAUAAAUUGUGUUUCGAUCGCAGGUUAUAAUCGUGCCGUGUACGUUAUUAUAUGUUGAAAUCAUCGGUAUUUCUAACAAAUGUAUAGACUUCAGUGUUCUAUGUCAGUCAGGAGCCGUUCCAGUAUAUGUGUAAACAAACAACCAUGUUGAUACAAGUAACGACCUGUUGAUAAACACCGGAUAACAACUUGGCGACCAGUGAAAACCUGUACAUGUUAAUUGGGGGGAGGCUAGACAAGUUUUGAUGUAUUUAGCAAGCAUUAGAGCGUGUGAAUUGUGAAAGGAAAGUUUACGAAUAUGGCGUCCUGUUUGUCUGGUGGGCAUUAUGUGCCCGGGAGCAAGGAGUAUGUGCCCGUUGCGGAGUUUUAUGCAGACAAGUCAGUUUUUGUGACUGGCGGCACCGGGUUUAUGGGGAAGGUAUUGGUCGAAAAACUGUUAAGAAGUUGUCCAAAAAUUAAGAAGAUCUACCUUCUGAUGCGGCCGAAACGAGGCCAGGACGUCGCGUCACGUCUCACCGAACUAACACAGUCACCGUUGUUCGAGACCCUACGGAGAGAGCGGCCCCAAGAGUUGAACAAGAUAGUCCCGAUUGUCGGCGAUAUUACCGAGCCGGAAUUAGGCAUCAGCGCUGCAGAUCAGACCAUGCUUUGUCAGAAGAUAUCAGUGGUGUUCCACUCGGCUGCGACUGUGAAGUUCGACGAGAAACUCAAACUGUCUGUCACCAUCAACAUGUUGGGCACACAACAGCUGGUCCAGCUUUGUCAUCGCAUGCUUAACCUUGAGGCACUAGUCCACGUAUCGACGGCAUACUGCAAUUGUGAACGCGAGCGAGUGGAGGAGACGGUGUACGCGCCGCCUGCGCACCCCGAGCACGUGGUCACGUUGGUACAGACCCUGCCUGACGACCUCGUCGAUAGAAUCACACCGGAUUUAGUCGGUGACCGGCCUAACACAUACACAUUUACAAAGGCUUUAGCAGAGGACAUGCUUAUAAAGGAAAGUGGGAACCUGCCAGUAUCCAUCGUACGACCUUCUAUCGUGCUCUCAUCGCUCCGAGAGCCGGUAAAAGGUUGGGUUGACAAUUGGAACGGUCCCAACGGUAUCAUAGCGGCUGUGGGCAAGGGGAUAUUCCGUACGAUGCUUGGGACAGGCACGAAGGUCGCGGACCUGGUGCCUGUCGACACCGUCAUCAACCUAAUGAUUGUUUGCGCGUGGAGGACGCAUUUGAGACGAGGUGAGGGAGUAGUGGUGUACAAUUGUUGCACUGGCCAGCAGAACCCCAUCACGUGGCAGCGGUUUGUCAAAACCAGCUUCAAAUACAUGCGGAAACAUCCGUUUAAUGAGGUGCUAUGGUACCCCGGAGGUGACAUCACCAGUAACAGGCUGAAGCACGGCACGUUGUCGCUGCUGCAGCAUCGCGCGCCCGCCGCCAUCAUGGACCUCGUAUCCACAGCCACCGGCAAGAAACCUAUGAUGGUCCGUGUUCAGAACAAGUUGGAGAAGGCGGCGGCGUGCCUCGAGUACUUCACCACGCGUCAGUGGGCAUUCGCAGACGACAACGUGCAAGCACUCUGCGCGUCACUCUCGCCUGACGACCGCAGGACCUUUGAUUUCAACGUGCGCAACAUCGACUGGGACGCGUACAUCGAGUCGUACGUGCUCGGCAUCCGGAGGUUCCUCUUCAAAGAGAGCCCCGACACGCUGCCCAAGUCCAGAGCCGUGUUGCGAAGAUUACAUAUAGUCCACAUCCUAACCCAAGUGGCGACCGUGUUCUUCCUAUGGAGAUUCCUGUUUUCACGCUCGAACGCGCUCCGCUCCAUCUGGCGGCGCGUCCUAGAACUGUUAACGAGGGCAGCUCGACUCUUAGCUAUAGCUUGAUGAUAACGAACGAAGUUCCACUCGUUAACGCCCCUUCGUUUCAAGCUUCCAAUCACGCCACGAUAAAAUAAAAAGAAAUUAUGACAUUCGACAUUUGUUACAAGAUGGCAAUUCUCGCCAAUUCAACAUUGACACCAAUAGAAUUGUUAAGUACACAGGCAAAUGAUUUAGAUAAUAUAUUUUUCUCUUUAAAAGUAAGCUUCUACGGGGCUGUUAUAUUUGCUUCGGGAUCUACACUGUGUUGUGGUGUUACAUUGAACAUAGCUGGGUACUGAGACUUCUACUUCUUCCACGUUGUUUCAUGUACAAAAGUUAAGAUUAAAUAGGUCUAAUGUUGUAAAAAUAGUCAACCUGUCUUCUAUGUAAAAUCUUGUUGAAAUCUGUUCCUAAAGGCACAUUGGCUGGUAACCGAUGCUUUCCAAGGCACAGUGUAUAUCUAAAUACUUCCCAAGCGCUAGGCUACUAGUUACCGAUCGGAUAAGUAAUAGUGAUUCCAAUAAUUUUGUACUUCAACAGCUCAAUAUUCAAACGAUUCAAAUCUGUUAUUGCCUAGUUUUAAUAACAAUAGCGAAUUGUACUCAUGUUGUUGGUGAGGUUAUAUUUUUAAAGUCAGUUAUUGUGCCAAUAAUAAUUUGUCUUUCGGUUGGAUUUAUGCUUCCAUGAAAAUAUCAUUGGGCCCAUUGAUCGGCUUGUAGAUUUUUGGGUCGUGUUCUAACGUUGAUUCUAUGUAACUGUUGAAACACUGAAACUAUAAUAUUCGAUGAAUCAAAUAAAGUGGGCAACAUUAUGAGGAUUGAAGAUAAAGGAUUCGUAUCGCACGUAACUGACGGACAGGCGGCGUUUGUAAAUUCUGAGGCUGUUGACGCCUAAAAGCCAAAGCUAUGUACAUUGUUUUUGAGUGAAACUGUUUUUUUCGUUAUAAAGCCUCGUAUCGACUGGGCAACAUUUGACGCACGACAUGUUGUUUGCUUCGAUGCAACAAUGCAGUAAAGAUUCAAGUGUUGUCGAGUAGAAACGUGACGCGCAACUUUGUUCCUCUGUCGACAAUGUUGCGAGCAAAAUCAUGUGUAGACAGACAACGUUUCUAACUAAAAUGUUGAGUAACAUGUUGUACAACAUGUUGGGCUUCAAAUGUUGCCUAGUCGGUAUAGGCUUAAGUAAAACAUUGAUUGAAGUUAGCAUUUUGUAACAGAAACAUUUCGUUUAGCGGUCUCUUGUAUAUUUUUCCAAGAUUGCAAUUAGGAUUUUUUGACGGCUCAAUAUAAUAGAUGGUUUGUCGAACUAGUCAAAUGCAUUCGUUAAGAACAACUCUUGCUUUAGUCUUGCAUUAUAUAUGUAGUUGAGUGAUUCUGACGCAUUGAGGGUUUUCGAUUUUGCGAUCCGUAGAUGGCGCUAGUGUGCUGUAAAGUCUUGUCUAAUGAGCAGCUGUAGCCAAAUGCCAUUUAGCGCUUGUCUACGAGUAGAAUAGAAAACCAAAUUAUAUGG